AUGGGGGUUGAGAACCACUACCCAGCUGGUCACCAGCACCUCCUUGGGGAACAGGACCUGCUCCUGGCAGCUGCCUAUGUUUCUGAUGCCCAGUACAAUAGAAACGUGCCGUUUGAAACAUCACCUCAGACCAUCAGACUUUACAAUUUUUAUAACCACUGGACAGUGCGAGCGGCCACAAACUUCUUUAUUUUCGUAGACCUUUCUCUCGCCUUGUUUGAGGAACCUGCGUUGUUUCCACUACCUUUCUUGACUACCUCCAUAGUGGAAGUCCUCUGCCUGACCACAUUCUUUGGGAGACUUGUACAUUUUGCAAAAGUCACUCCUCAGGUGGUUUUCUGGAAGGAUACAAAAAACAUCUGCAUCAUGGUAACUAUAGUGCUGACCUUGAUUGACCUGAUCAUCUGUGGGUCCCUGGAAGCUGUUGGCAUCCACAGUGUUAGAUGGUCAAGGGCCUUGAGGCCAGUCUUCCUAAUCAACUUCCCUGAAAGUCGUCAGAUCCGAAGACCUUUCCGAAGCAUCCGGAACACUCUGCCCGAUAUCCUGUGCGUCUUCCUCUUGUUUCUCUUCAGCAUGCUGAUAUUCUCCCUAAUGGCCUUGAAGCUCUUUGGGGAUAGGGGUCUGAGAACAGUGGAAGGAUCACCCUACUUUACGAACAUCCUGGAGAUAGUGUCUGAGCUCUGCGUGCUGGUGGCUACUGCAAACAGCCCCGAUGUCAUGAUGCCUGCCUAUACCUUCAACUGGUGGUAUUCUCUGUCCUUUUUAACGUAUGUCAUCACCAGUACCUACAUCUUCACGUCCAUCUUUCUGGCCGUGGUCUACAGCAAUUACAGGAAACACUUAAAGAAUGAGAUUCGCAAGCUGGCUUACCUGAAACGUCACAAGAUGAUAAAGGCUUUCAACAUCCUGAAAGUCAAGGUGGGCACGGAGUUUGUGGUCAAGGAGGCCGAGUGGAAGCAGCUGGCCAAGGUCAUGGCUCCAGACAUCAGCAGUUCCCACCUGGAGCUCCUUUUGAAGAUCUCUGACGAGGGGCAGGAGGGACAUGUGGACAAAGUGAACUUUCUACGCCUGGCUGACCUCCUCAGCAUCCAGGCGGUCACCAUAAACAUCAAGAGACAUCCCCUGGAAGGCUGGAUGCCGCGAGUGUACACGUCGCCACUGAGCCUCUUCAUCCAGGAGAUGGUUCAGCACAGGAUUUUUGUCUGGAUUUAUGAUGUCAUCACUCUAAUAAAUGCUAUUUUCAUCGCUCUGGAUGAGAAAAACCCCCUCAUUUCCUAUGCAGAAUGGCUUUUCCUUUCUCUGUAUGUUAUUGAGAUUCUUCUGAAACUGUACACAUAUGAGCCCAGAGCCUAUUUUGGAAGAAAGCAGUUCUGGAACUGGUUUGAGGCAUUGAUCAUCAUUGCAGCCCUGGUGGCCUCUGUGGCCAAUGCCAGUAUCCAGUCAGCAAGAAAAUACAACAGUCAGCAGAUCCUGGAUAUUGUCUUGGUAUUGAGAAUACUCCGGCUCUUAAGGGUGGUCGUCAGCAUCCAGAGGUUCCGGGUGGUAGUGACCACCCUGAUCACCGUCGGUCCCACCACGCUGACCUUUGGUGGACUUGUCUGGGUGGUCUACUAUAUGUUUGCUAUCGUUGGGAUGGAAAUAUUCCAUGGCAAAGUCCGGUUCUUUGACCCAAAUUUCACCACUCCGGAUGCUCUGGUGUGUGGGAACCUAGCCUUAAAAGCUACAGCCUUUGCCCGAGACAGAUACUGCAGAAACAAUUUUAAUGGCCUCAACUCUUCGUUCAUCGCGCUGAUGGCGCUCACGCUGGUUAACCACUUCCUACUCGUUGCAGGUGGCUUCGCCCUGGUGACUCAUCAGGCGGCAAAACUGUACUUCAUCGCGUUCCACAUCGUGGUUGUCAUCCUCAUCGUUAAUAUUUUUAUAGCAUUCAUCUUGGAGGCGUUUUUUGUGGCAUAUUCGUUAGAAAAAAGUGAAGUAGAAACUGCUAUUGAGAAGAAGAUACAAGAGCUUGGAGUGGGAGUCAAAGAGUGAGCAGAGGUGCAGGAUGGGACACUCACCGACAACACGGACACCGAGGACCGGGGCUUUAGCGGGGAUGAUGGACACAGCAGAAGGAAGGCCUUGAAAGGGCUGUACUUCAGAAUUGCAUCCAAAAAGUACAAGACUGUGGACACUCUGCUGCAGCGGAUGUUUGAGUCUGAAAUUGCUCCAGAGAUCGAAGGCCCUUCCUUGGAGGAGAUUCUGAACUUUUCACCCAAUGACAUGUAUCCAAAGAAUCCGAAUUUUGAAAACAGUGCGUGA